AUGCCUGCCGGCCACGAAUCAGACGACGAAGCUCUCUUCGCCGCCCUCGAAAACGAAGAUGAUCUGAGCUACCGCGACCAACGCAUUCAACAGCUCAACGCAGAACUUGCCUCCCAAAAGACAAAUCACGACAAGUCCAACACAAACCACGGCACCGGCCUACAGAGCAGCACAUAUCCAACACUAAAUGGAGACCAGUCCGUGCUGAACCUGACGACAGACGCACCACGAUGCAUAAUACAUUUCGCGCACGAUGAUUUUGCCCGAUGCGGGGUGAUGGACGCGCGGUUGGAGGAACUAGCAGGUCGACACUAUGAGGUGCGAUUCGCGCGAGUAGAUGUGCGGUCGACGCCGUUCCUGGCGGAGAAGCUUGGGAUUCGCGUGUUGCCGUGUGUGAUUGGGUUCAAGGAUGGAGUUGGAGUCGAUCGGGUGGUCGGGUUUGAAGGACUAGGGAAUCUUGGUGUGGAGGGGACGGAGUCGUUCAGUGUUCAGACGCUUGAGAAGAGGCUGUUGUACAAGAAGGUUCUUACGGAGGCCAAGUUCUCGAGCGAAGAUGAUGAUGAGGUUGAGGAGAGUGGUAGUGAUGAUGAUACCGUGCGGAGACGACGUCCUGCAAAAGCGAUUCGCAGUGGAAACACUGGUCGGAACCAUAAUGAUGACGAUGACGACUGGGAGUGA